AUGUGUCAAUCGAUCCAAACCAUCUACAAGUUCUGUGGCUGCAAAGGCGAAUUCUACCAGCAAACCUGCCCCAAGCCAACCGCCACAUGCAAGCUCCUUCUCCAGAACCCCAUUGACCUCAAACUGACCUGCUACUGCGAGAAGCACUCAUCACAAACCUUCAAAACAGUCCGUCAAGACCAGCGCGACACCGCGCGCUUCAACAAGGAAUACGACAAGAUCCUCGCCAAGGAAGAGCAGCAAAAACAAAAGGGCCCAGCAAACCACGCUAAGCAGAGCACGAGACUCUCGAAACAGAAUCUCAGCGUCGAACGAGCGCGUGCGAACCGGGAAAGAAGUCAACCUGCUGGAGAGAGAGGAGAGCAGAUCUUUCUGGGAAAGAAGGACGCAUCGAAUUGCCAGACAGAGGGAGAUAUGGGGGCCUUGCAGCCGGAAGAGAGGGAGAUGGAGGCGUACGGUAGAAGAUGGGGUGGGUAUGCGAUGAGGAGGAAGUAUCCACUUGCGAAAGCGCGAGCGGAGGAGGCUAGGCGGAGAGAGGCUCAGGAGAAGGCGGUGGUGAGGAGAGGCGGAACGAGGGAAAAGAGCGAUGGAAUGUGUACUGUGAUGUGA